GGAGAGCGAUGUCGGAGCUGGAGCAGCUCCGCCUCAGCCGCAUCCCCGAGGGCCGGCGGCUGCUGCGGGAGCAGCACGGAAACCUGCUGCGGGUGGCCGAGUACUGCCACAGCAACUACCUGCAGGCCGGCGACAAGAGGAAGGCGUUGGAGGAGACGAUGGCCCUGAGCACGCAGUCCCUGGCCAGCGUCACCUACCAGGUCAGCAGCCUGGCCAGCGCCUUCCUGCGCCUGCUGGACCUGCAGGCGGCCCAGCUGCGCCAGGUGGAGGCCGACAUCACCUGCGUGGCACAGUGGGUGGACAUCCACAAGGAGAAGGUGUCGCGGCGCGAGAUCGGCGCGCUGACCGUCACCAGGACGAUCCCGAGCUGCCACAAGGUCGUGGCCCCCCCGGAGCCCCCCGUGCUGGAGCCCUAUUACAGGAAACCCCUCAACUUCAGCGUCCUGGACCACGUCGGCCACGGCGUCAAGGACACCAGCACGCAGCUGUCCCGCACCGGCACGCUGGCUCGGAAAAGCACCAAAUCCUCCUCGGCACAGGCUGCGGGAACGCUGGGGAGGAGCAGCCGCGUCCCCGAGCCCGUGCAGCCGCCCGUGGUUCCCGAGGGGAAGCUCCCGGCAGCCCCUGGCAGCUCCGAGCCCCCCCUCAGCUCCGGCGGGGCGGCUCCCGGGGCAGGGGACGGGAUUCCUGCCCCGCCACCGCUGCCGGGGCCACCGCUGCCGGGGCCACCGCUGCCGGGGCCACCGCUGCCGGGGCCACCCGCCGCCGCCAUCCCGCCCCCGCCGCCCCUCCCCGGGCACCUCCCGGCCCCAGGUGAGUGUGCGGAGCCCCCCCCUGGGGCUUUCGCAGCCCCCGGCGACCCCGAGCCGCUGCCGCCGCCCCCGGCCGUGCCCGACCUCGGGGACCUGGCCCUGCCACCGCCACCGGCGGCAGAGGAACCGCCCUGGGCCCCGGAGAGCUACCUGGAGAAAGUGGUGGCCCUGUACCCCUACGAGCGGCAGAAGGACAACGAGCUCUCGCUGGAGCCGGGCGCGCUGCUCUUCGUCACGCGCCGCUUCUCGGACGGCUGGUGCCAGGGGGUGCUGGGCCACGAGUCCGGAAUCUUCCCCGGGAAUUACGUGGAGCCCGUCUGAGCCCCGGCCCGCCCGGAGCCCUGCGCACCCUCGGCUUCCGGAGCGUCCUUGGCAGGCUUCGGAGCCGGGAAUUUGGGCUUUUGCAGCACUGGGAAUUUGGGCUUUUGGAGUCGGGAAUUUUGGCUUUUGGAGCUGGGAAUUUGGGCUUUUGCAGCGCUGGGAAUUUCAGCUUUUGCAGCGCUGGGAAUUUCAGCUUUUGGACCCGGCAAUUUUGGCUUUUGGAGUCAGGAAUUUCAGCUUUUGGAGCCGGGAAUUUGGGCUUUUGGAGUCAGGAAUUUUGGCUUUUGCAGUGCUGGGAAUUUGGGAUUUUGGAGCUGGGAAUUUCAGCUUUUGCAGCACUGGGAAUUUGGGCUUUUGCAGUGCUGGGAAUUUCGGCUUUUGGACCUGGGAAUUUGGGCUUUUGGAGCUGGGAAUUUCAGCUUUUGCAGCGCUGGCAAUUUCAGCUUUUGGACCCAGGAAUUUUGGCUUUUGGAGCCGGGAAUUUCAGCUUUUGGAGCCCCGACUCCCCAGCCCUGCCCCUCCCCUGCCCCCACGGCACGCUCCAGCGCCGUUCCCGAGCCCCGGCAGCCCCAGGGACGCAGAGCAGCUCGGGCCGGGGCUGGCGCUUCCUGCAAAUACAGAGAGCAGCCACAGAUCCCAGUCUUUAAUUCCAUGGCUUCGAGCUCCAGGCGGCGGGACGGGAGCGGGAGCAGGAG